UAAAGCGGCUAACCUGGAUUAGCCUGCGCAGUGAUGGUGUACUGUAAGCGAACCUGGGUCAUUUCCCUGAAAGAUAAGCGACCUCCCAGCUGGCAUUACGCAAACCUCAUGUCCUAACAAGACAAGGAGGCUGAACUCAGCGUGUAAAGAUUCAAGUGCUUAUCGCUAAAAGAUGGGGGAGUCUGAAAGAAAUGCUCUAGGCCGGGUAACGGUGUACUCCAUCCAGGGCUGCCCACACUGUGUGCAAGCAAAGGCCACACUGGGGCGUUUGGGAGUGCCGGUUUGUGAUGUGGAUGUGGGAAAGCAUCCAGAGUUAAGAUCCAAGGUGAAGGAGCUGACAGGGCGCAGCACAGUCCCUCAGAUCUUCUUUAACAACAUCCACGUUGGAGGAAAUGACGACCUACAGAAAUUGGCUCCUGAGGAGCUUCAGAGGUUGGUGAAUCUGGUUAAGGAUGAGCCUCUUCCUGCAGAUGCUCCACCUUUACCAGAGGAGAAUAAAUCAGAUGAGUCACUUGGAGAGAGCGAUGGAGACUUUCAGUGUGAAAGAGAUGAGUUUGCAGACCUGGUAGAGGACCUAAAACAUGGGAGUGUGAUUGGCAAUCAUAGGAGGGGACUGACUGUAUACAAAAAGAGCUUCUCAGGUGACCAGCUGGUUGACUGGCUGCAGAGAGAGAAAGGCAUGGCCAGGGCUGAGGCCAUUAAAACAGGCCAAGCACUGUUGCAGAAGAAGUACAUGGUGAGUGUGCGUGGCUGUGGGCAGCAGGAAGGCAGUUUUGGAGAAGAAAAGGGGACCAUGGACUCACUGUACAGGCUGCUGGAGGAUGACCCUCAUUCAGCCCUCAACACCGGACAGACAGCAGCGUGCAGUCCCAUUGAGGCCUCUGAGCUCUCUUUGCUUUUACGGGAGAUGAUUCUGAAAUUGUUCUCGGAGCAUCUCUCUGCUGAUGGCAAGUCUGUGGACUACAAAGGCAUGUCAGUGAGCCCUGCCUUCGAGCGUUACUGUGAGCUAGCCAUUCAGCUGCAGAGAGUGGAGCUGCUUACACUGAGCCGGGAGGAGAAGCUGGCCUUCUUCAUCAACAUCUACAAUGCCUUGGUCAUCCAUGGAUACCUACGCCUGGGAGCUCCCACCAACAUGUGGCAAAGAUACAGAUUCUUCAACUAUGUGAGCUACCUCAUUGGAGGAGAAGUGUUCACAUUACAGGACAUUGAGAACGGAGUUCUGAGAGGGAACAGAAAAGGUGUCGCACAGCUGCUGAAGCCCUUCUCCAAAACAGAUCCACGACUGCAGGUGGCUCUUCCUGAUGCUGAGCCUCUGAUUCACUUUGCCUUGAACUGUGGUGCAAAGGGCUGUCCACCAAUCAAAACAUACACCCCACAGGACAUUGACAGCCAGCUCCGCACAGCUGCUGAGGCCUUCUUAGAAAACGAUGAUGCCUGCAUGGUAGAUUCUGGAAAAAGAGAAGUACGGCUCAGUCAGAUUUUCAAGUGGUACAAAGCUGACUUUGGAGGCACUGAUGAGAAGCUGCUGAAGUGGGUGCUGGAGCACAUGGGUGACUCUCCGAAGAAGACCAGCCUGCAGGGAGUCCUUUCUGCUGGGAAGACUAAAGUCAGCUUCCUCCCCUACGACUGGAGCACUAACAGUUCCCACUGAGCAUGCACACGUCCAGUUGUAUGCUGUGUCUGCUUUGCAUCUGCCCACAAACUGAAGGUCUGUGAUGACAUGUUGCAAAAUGCAGUCCUGUUGUCCUUAACAAUGCAAAUAAUGUUAUGCAAAACAAACUGUAAACCCAAGAGGUGAGAGGGGAUAUUUGCACUGCACCAUUGAGUCACUUCUGGGCUUCUUCUAGCUUUAAGGUCAAAUUGUAAGCUCUUCCACCCUGUUUGUAUGUCAUGUACUCUGAGUUUUAUGCACUUAACCUUUAUUGAUUAAACUUUUGACAACUGUGACAUUAAAGAUAACUUUUAUAAAAAGUUGCAAAAAGAACCCUGACACAGCAGCAAAAUUAAAGGAAGUGUGUUCUGCAUUUGAGGCAUGUUAGAGAAAAUGAUCAGAAUUAACUUUAAGCAUGCUUGACAAUGUAAAUAAGCCUUUCAUGUGCUUUGGUUUUUACUUUGUCGUUAUCAUGUCAGAAUCUCAGGCCCCACAGGUCAUAAAGAUCCUCAUGGUUUCAUACAACACUGAUUGGGCUAUCAGUUUGAAGCAUUUAAUCAGAGUAGAUGGAUAUAACCAUAACAAGCCAUAUUUAACCUUUCAGUUGUACUCAUUGAUGUUUCAUACCGGCUCAUAAUUUUGGUGCCAUUUUCACCUGAAGAUGUAAACAGGUUGUGUUUUCUACAAGCAUAGGGACUUAAAGCUGUUGCAGUUUUUAUACAUAGUAUAAACCGAGCAUUCUGUCAUCUGGUGCCCGCUGUAUAUUUACUACUAAAAUAGAAACACAACUCAGCUAGCAGCUAUAAAACACCAGAUGGCUGUUGUUGAAGAUAUUCUUAAGGUUUUUAUGAUCUCCUUUUCAUAACAGCUUUGGCCCAGGUAAUGACUUGAUUUUUUAAUUGGACAAACAGAAUCUGGUUGAGUGCUUCUCCAUACUUUUCUUCCAGGUGUACUGUGAUGAAGGUGCUGUUAGAGGGAUGUAUCCCUUGAAGUUUCUCUUCAUGAACAGCAUCCUUAUGUAGACCUUGUGUGAAUUGGAAUGGUUUCUUUUGCAUGUCUGAUACAACCCUUGGUGGUAUUUUGUAUGUUUCUAUCUUCAUGUCAAACUAAAUGUUUGCUCACCCUGCUGUAUGAUCCAGGUCUUCCACCUUAAAUCAGAAAAGUGCUAUUGAUCUUUUUUUAAAGAUAAUUUAGUAAAAAUAUUAUAAAGGAUUAUAUUGUGAAUAGCUGUUAUCUUUAGGAAAAGUGCACCUAUUUGAGCACUCUGACACAUAUUUGUACUUUUCUCAUAGAAUACUAUAACAUUUGGUCCAUAUCACAAUUAUGGAAGAAUAACAAUUUAUUUCUAUUUAUAUAAAUAACAUACAGAAGAAAGGGUCUUAACAUCUAUUUUUUGUUACUUAAAUCUUUAGUUAUGAAUGCAGUUAAAUGUAGCAGUUGAUUUUGACCAGAGUUUUCUUUUUUUUUUUUUUAAGUGUGGAGUGCCCCCCUACCUGCCAACAAACAAUAAAAUCUGCUCUCAUUUGUUUGCUGGGACUUCAAUGUUUAUAAGCCUUUAACAUGCUCUAUGUCCUGAAAUGUGAUGGAUAUACUUUAAUUUAUUAUGGUUACUGUUGAUGAUUAAGAAAGUAAAGCUUGAAAAAAUCAGGAGGCUUUAUUUCUCUGUGACUCCCAUAGGGUUUACUGAUCUCAGGUCAAAGAAAAUGUGAGUUGAAACUGUCAGUUUGUAUGUUCAGCCCUGUUUGUCCUCAGUGUAUACUGCCUGCUGUGUAGAACCAUUUAAGCUCAUUCUUCACAGGCCAUAAUCCUUUGCAGCGACAUUUUGUCAUGUACUUUAUUAAACUGUCAGUUUCUUUGUCUUAAGGCUGUAGACAGCACCAAAGCAUAUGGAUCAAUUAGCAUGUAUUAAGACUGGAAUGCAUUUGCUGCAUGAGAUACUGGGAACCCCUCAGACUUGGAAUGCUGGCCUUGUGGCAAGACUGCCUCUCUUAACGUUUUGUUUUAAGGCUGAAAGCUAUUAAAUAGAAUUAUUUUGAAGAAAAACAUAUACAGUAGCCCUCAGUCAGAGAAGUGUCUUUGAAAGCCUUAUAAUAGAAUAAAGUAGUGCAAACCCAAGUUUUGUUAAGCCAGCCAUAUUUAAAAUGUCAACUUCAACAUGCAUUAAUGCUCAUUCUGGGAGCAUAUGCCUUCAGUGGAGGUUUACCUUGACUCUUCUACUAAAGCAAAAUAUUUAGAUACAUCAGAUAAAUUUCGGACACAAAAUAGUUUUAUCCACAUCUCGGGAUCUGUCUUUUUCAAAAUUACCUCAUGAAUCAGGAAAAUGUGAUGCAAAAAACUUUUUAAAAAUGCAGUUUAAAUGUAACUAUUGUAUUUGCCUCUUUCCUAGGGUUGAUGAAGCAAUAUGCUUAUGUAAUAGUAAAUAUGCAAUGCUGUACUGAAAAAUAAAAGUAUGAGACUGCU